UUUGUCGCCGCCGCCGCUCGAGACCCGGCGCUGGUCUUUCCCUUUUUGCAUACGUAUUUUUUCCUCGUUGGGAUAUAUAUGCAUCCCGUAUUGCUUUAAGAAUAUUUUAAAGCAUUUCCCUUGGAUUUUUUUUCCCUCGUGUUUGAGCGUCUGCGUUGACGGAAGAUGGAUAAGAAGUCGUUUGAAACGGUGCUGGAUGAAAUCAGGAAGGCUGUUUUGACUGAGUACAAGUUAAAAGCUAUUGAGUAUGUUCAUGGAUACUUUUCAAGUGAACAGGUUGUUGAGUUACUGAGAUACUUUUCCUGGGCUGAACCACAGCUCAAGGCAAUAAAGGCUUUGCAGCAUAAAAUAGUUGCUGUGCCAGCAUCAAAAAUGGUUAAUAUUCUCAACUGUUUCACGUUCAGUAAGGACAAGCUUAUUGCCCUAGAAAUCUUAGCUUCCAACAUUGUUGAUGCUCAGAAUUAUCGCCUUAUUGAAGAUCUAUUCAGAAUUAAUAUGUCAGAGAAAAAAAGAUGCAGGAGAAUUCUUGAGCAGGCUUCAAAAACAGGCUGCAAGGCUCCUCAUGCUAUGAUAUCAUCCUGUGGCAUGAUUCCAGGCAACCCUUAUCCCAAGGGCAAACCAAGCCGCAUAAAUGGAAUUUUCCCAGGAACUCCUAUCAAAAAGGAUACGGAAGAGUGCACUAAUGAAGGAAAGGGAAUAGCAGCCCGUAUACUUGGACCAUCCAAACCAGCUCCAUCAACCUACAAUCCACACAAACCAGUUCCAUACCCCAUCCCACCAUGUCGGCCACAUGCAACUAUUGCACCAAGUGCUUACAACAAUGCUGGCUUAGUUCCAAUGGCUAAUGUCAUAGCUCCAGGCUUACCAGCUCCUCCACCAUACACUCCUAAUCAAGUUACACCAGAAAAUGAAGACCUUUCCAGCCAGACAAAACCUUCCCAAAAUCAAGCUUUUUCUGCACAAGCGAAUCAGCUCUUUACUCCUCAUGGUUCUAAUCCUUCAACACCUGCUGCUACUCCAGUCCCUACCCCAUCACCUGUCAAGGCAAUAAGCCAUCCAUUAGCACCUGCAACUCCACUCAUCCCUGGGAUGAACAUAUCUGCCCCUGUCCUUCCUGUUUUCCCAGGACAGGUCUCCUCUUCCAUCCAUUCAUCUCAGCCAUCAACCCCAACUCCUACCGUCAUCAAGUCGCUUUCACUGCCUGGUGUUCCUGUCACAUCUGUCCACAGCGCAACCUCUACCCCUGUUCCUGCAGUCUUCUCUGGGCUGGCUUCAAUACCCACUGCGACACCAGCUCCGCAAGGGUCUUCCACACCAUGCGCCACACCUGCACCCAGUGAAGCUUUUGCAUCUGCUUCCACACCAUUUGCUAGUGCCCCUUUUUCUGCAGCCUCUUCAGUUGCUUCAGCUAAUAAUCCUGCUCCAUUGUCAUCAGUUUUUGCUGGCCUCCCGUUGUCCCUGCCACCCAAUCCCCAAGGCAUUUCUAGUCCCGUGCCCUCUACAGUUGCCAAUUCCCCUGCCACUACCAUCCCUGGUUCACUUAGCUUACCUAACCCAAUUUUGUCUGUUUUAAAGGGGUUUCUGACAUCAAAUGACACUUCAUUAAUCAAUUCAUCCGCUUUACCUUCUGCUAUGUCAAGUGAGCUUGCUUCUUUGUCUGCCCUUGCUAAUCAAAGCUCUGACCCUCCCGCUUCCUCUGUCAACAAAUGUUAUACUCCAUCAGCCACCCCCACCCCACAGCGCUCCUCCACACCGGGGCUGGCCAUUUUUCCCGGUCUUCCAUCCCCAUCCGUGGCCAAUUCUAGUUCCACUCCUCCGACAUUGCCUGCGCAGUCGCCUUUAACCACCUCACCGUCUAUUCUGCCAGUCAACUGUGGCUCCUCAGCCUCCCUCUUGCAUGGCACAAGCCCUACUAAUCCUGAUCAGCAGCUCUCCUCCGCCCCAGCUGCCACAGGUAUCCCCACAGUUCUGGUCAAAACGGAACCCAUGAGUCCCACCCUUUCAGCCUUCAAGGGCCCUUCUCACUCGGCCGGCCCGUCUCCCGGCUCGCUGGGCCUGUCGGCGCUGGGCCGCGCCUACACGGCGGCACCUUCAGUGCCAGGCAGCUUGCCCAGCUCCCUGAAUCCGGCGCUCUCGGGCCUCUCCUCCUUGAGCGCUCCUUUAAACAACCCCACUUCUCUGGCUUCCAUUUCCCUUGCGCCACAUGGCUCCCCCGCGCCCAUCGCCCCCGUAUUUAACGGGCUCCCUCCUUUCACGUCGCUAACCAGUAACUUUGCUUUUACUGGUAACCCAGCACUUACGCCCCCCGUCACUCUCCCCGGGUCUUUGUUAGCUACUCCGUCCUCAACUGCUUCAGCUGUGUCUGCCCCUCAUGUGAACACCACAGCAGCCGUACUCUCAGGACUCGCCGCCUCAGCAACAGUCUCCGCUCCACCCUUUUCGCUUAACUUGUCCAGUGCUGUCCCUUCCCUUUUUUCUGUCGCCCAGGGACCUCUGGGAUCAUCAAACCCAUCCUUCCCUGGUUUUCCUGUCUCUAACACACCCUCUGUCACUCCUGCUCUCCCUUCUUUCCCUGGCCUCCAGGCAUCCUCUGCAGUAGCAGCAGUUGCACCGUUGCCGGCAGCUGCCACAGCCCCAUCUCCGGCUCCGGUCCUGCCAGGGUUUGCCUCGGCCUUUAGCUCAAACUUCAACUCUGCACUUGUGGCACAGGCUGGCUUAACUUCUGGACUUCAGACCCCAGGAAACACAGUUUUUCCUGGUCUUUUAUCCCUCCCUGGUAUUCCCGGCUUUCCCCAAAGUGCCGCACAAUCUUCCCUACAGGAACUGCAGCACAGUGCGGCCACGCAGUCAGCACUGCUACAGGCACAUUCUGCUUCUGCUCUGGAGAACUAUACAGCUCAGCCUGAAGGUUUUGCUAACUAUCCGUCAACACCAGGAACACCAUUUUCUUUGCAGACAAGUCUACCCCAGAGUGGAUGGCAAUAAAUACCAGUUAUUUUUAAAGACUGAAGUAGUUGCUUGACAGAGCCUGAUCCUGCUCACUUUGAAGGCUGACAGAAUUGCACUCCGCUUCAGUAGGAGCAUGAUCUGGAUUGGGGAAAGAAGGGGAAAUGUGAGGAUAAAAAGCUUCUGGGAAACGGUUUGUGUCAGACUGCAAACCAUGUCAUGAUUGCUUUUAACUGAUUCAGGGUCUGAUCCUGUGAAUUGCUGAGCAUCCUUGACUCUCUUUGUAGUUUGAGUUCAGUGUUUGCUGUUUUAUUUUUACAGGAUUGGGAAGGUUCAAACAGACAUAUAUGUAAAUAGAGCCAUUGGCUAUCAAACUGAAUGGGGAGAACAAGUAUACUUAAUAGUGUGUAUAAUUGCCUGUUCUUCUGUUAUGUUUUGUAUGGUAUAUGUGGUUAAUGUAGAAGGAGGUCUAGAGAAAUUAGAUACUUCAAGCUAAAGCUGGUGAUCUUUAGUCUAGAUGCACACCUUCUGUGUGUGGGUCAAGAUCAGCUUAUGGUUCUUAGGGUCCUUUCACAUGCGUGAGGAUCUCCUGUUAGCAUCGCUAGUAUGUCAAGGGGAAACUAAUCAGAGGUGCUUGGGGGGUUCUUAUGCUUUGAAAUACUGUCAUGGGCUUGCUGCUGAAUUGAGUACUCCACUGUUGGGAUAUGAGCAGGAGAGCUAGGAAAUGAGGCUGUACUACAUUUGGAUAGAAAUGGAUUGUGUCUUAUUGGAGUAUGGUUUAGCUGGCUGGUAAUAUGUCUUGCCGAAGCGCGUAAAAGCCUUUUAAUUCAUCUCUAAGAUAAUGUUCCAUAACACCCUCCUGCCCCCGUACCUCUCUGUGAAUAAAACAAUUCUCCUGCGGAUAGGCUGCCUAUCCGGCACUUUUGACUGCAGACUUUUGUGAAUGUUUACAGACAUGGGUCAAGUUGUUCUCUCUGUUAUAUUCACAAACUCACUCAUUCUCUUAAAGCUUUUUGGCUCUAACCCAACUUGAUGGUGCUUAUGUUAUCCUGUGAAUAUAAGGGGGAGCAGAAUUUGGACCAUGGGAUUUUUUUUUUAGUAUUUUUCCUUGGAAAACGUACAUGAUUUUAAAAGCAUAUAGCUAAAUUAACUGUAUUGGUUAGGAAAGGUUAUGACGCAGUGUAUAAAAAGGUCUCGCUUUAGUUAGUGAAGUUCAGUUGUGCACUCUUCUAAUAAUGUUAGUACCUGUGGCAAUGUGUAAACACAUCAUUGAAUAUCAUCUGUUUAAAAUAAGCUCUUGGGUCAUGUUCUGGAGAUGAAUGAUAUUCAAUCCUGUGAUUAAAUUAAAAUGUAGAGGAUAAUAUACUGUAGAACGGCUCUGCACCUAGAGUUUUACUUUUUUAAAGAUGAAUUCUGCUGGGAGAUGAUGCUAAUGUAUUUUCUUUCAAGAUGUGAACAAACUUUUUUAGAACAUUAAUGGAAAUUACUGUAUUGCUUUUUAACACAGU